AUGGUCGGCAUUGGAGGCCGAAGCAAAGGCUGCCGAACCUGUCGACGGCGCAAAGUAAAAUGUGACGAGGGCCAACCAUCCUGUCAGCGAUGCCUGAAGGGAGGCUUUCAGUGCGAUGGAUACAUCCAAUUUUCCGAGUUCAUAGAUGAACGAAACCGCCUGAUGAAAAGAGGCACUAUCAAAUUACCGUCUCCUCCAAAAUCGACCACGACAACAAUAUCAAACCAGAAUUCUCCAACCCCAGAAACACAUUUUGAAACCAUACCGUCGUUGACUCUGACAACAAAUCCCUCAUGGAAUGAAGAAGACCUUCUAAAUACACACCUGGUAAACCGACUCUUCACCUGGCAUGAAGAUCCCGCUUCGCCGUAUGCCGCAUCUUGGAUUUCAGCGUUGUUCAAACAAGACGGGGAGAAGAGCCUAUCCGGUUCCUCGUUGCGCGCGUUGGCGACUGUCUACUUUGCCAAAGUAAAUAAACAACCCCAGCUGAUGCGCCGGGGUGCGUCGUUCUAUUCUCAGGCUUUGAGUAGGUUGCGUGUGCAGCUUGAAAACAGUGAUCUGGCUAUCAGUGACGAUGUCAUUGUCGCUGUUAUAUGUUUGGGGUUUUAUGAGUCUGUUACAUUUACACAGCCCGGGGCUUGGCUGGCGCAUUAUAAAGGGCUGGCUAAGCUUACAGCCGUAAGAGGCCCAUAUAGACACCAGGAGGGUGUUGGAUUUGCUUUGCUUCCUACCAUCCGGUCUUGUAUUGCCAUCGGAUACAUCGUCGAGAGAAAGAGAUGUUUCCUAGAAGAUCCAAGCUGGAAAACAAUUCCCUGGGCUCUAAAAGGCGAAGACGCCAAAUCCCCAACCGACUUCCUCCACGACAUCCUAGUAGAUAUACCCGGACUCCUUGAAGACGCGAACCACAGCAAAACCUGGGAUCCAAUCUUCCCCGGUCACGACUCGUUCAAAGCCGAGCUACUACCACGAGUCCAGUCAACACUCGAAGCUCUCUACAUCUGGCGCUGGAGAUGGGAAACGCUAUUCCCAACGGCAACAUACCUCGCAGAGCCGACAAACCAGAAUACAUUUCCAACCUCGAUUGCCCUGCCACCGAGCCCCUUCCCUUCUGUUAUCUGGUUCGACAAUCCAUACCGCGCAACAGAACUAAUCCUCUACAACGCACUCCGCUUAAUCCUAACUCGAACCCUGGAGACAUUAGACCCAAGCUUCACACCUGAAACACCCACACCAAUCUCCGACACAAUCAGCGACCCGCUCCUUCCAGAGCAGGGAUCUAGGAACGAUGUUGCGGUCGAGAUAUGUCGGAUGGCAGAUUAUCAUCUUCACUCUUUGCGACGGAGCUCUGGUGCCUUUAUGCUUAUCUUCCCGCUCAAUGUAGCACACAACCAUCUAGAUGUCGGCUCUGUUGAGGCGAGGAAGUGGCUAGAAGGGGUUAUGGCUGUUAUUGCUGAUUUGCAUGGAUUCGAGCUCGGGAGGUCGGAGAAUAUGCCGAGGAGGGUGGAUACGGGUUAG